AGACCUGAACUUGCAUUACUUCUGGAAGUGGAGCGCCUUUGAGGACUACCUUCUCUUCUGCUUCGGCUUCACCGUCGUGUGUGCAGUCAUCACCCUGCUGCUGCUGGACUCUGUGGUGUUUGUGGAGACUUUGGGUUCGCUGGCCGUGAUGUUCGAGGCCAUGCUGGGCGUCCCGCAGCUGCUGCAGAAUUUCCAUAAUCGCUCCACAAAAGGCAUGAGGUACAGUGUGCUCCAAGGUCAAACAGAGCUCUGCUCACUGCCCUCACACUGGCAUACAGAGGCACAGUCAGACUUCACUCUUGUCAGGGAGUCUCAGCAGUGAUUUAUAUUCUCAUGAACACAUUAUGCUAAUAAGGUCAUUUAUAGCUACUGAAGUCUCCAUGAAAAGAAAAUGGAGAGUCACAUGCAUCUUAAUUUCACUAAUGAAAUCAUUUUUUAAAUAUUUGAAUUCUUUUAAGACAAUAAUUAUAACAAAAUUGUUUUAAUUUAUUUUAUUUAACAAUUCAAAGCCAAACAGAAAAAUUCAAAACCUACAAAUUAAAAAAUUAAUAAUUUUUUCCCUACUAGUCUUAGGACUGUGAACUGCUUACUAACAGUAUGUGUCAGCACAAAACUGUCUCAUGGCUUUAAAAGGUUAAUGCCAGCAUCAUGUUUGUGAUGUAUUGUUUGUAGUUGGACUUAUCAUGUUUGCUUUGUAAGAGUUUCAGAUCAGAUCAUGCAAAUGUGCUUUAUUUUGGUUCGCAGCACACAAGUUUGUGAAAAUUGUCCUGAAUUUAGUGUAAAAAGAAGAAGCAUGUGUUAUUUUGUGUCCCACUUGGUUGUGAUAGUUGCUGCUUAGGAGUGUAAAUUUACUUGGAAUGAGAGGCUUUUAAAAACAAGUGUGUAAUCAGCGCUGGUGGAUCACUCAAAGGUGUGAGGAUCGUGCCCGAGCUCUGGCUGUGCGUUAUAACUCUUCACCCUGCAUUUUUAGAGCCGUGCACGACAUAUUUCCAGUCUUCAAGAACACUAGUAUUUGGAUGAAAACAGAGCAGAUCUUAACUAAACCGACUGUCUGAGCUGAGGCAGAAGGAGAGUCCUGAUACGCGAUGUAUAGCAGAAUGUGUCUGCUUGUACAGAGAACUGUUGCCACGAUCUGGAAGAUUAUCAAAAACUUAUUGUCACUCAGCUGCCUCCAAUUGAUCUGAGUUACCAUGCUUUCCAUUAUUUUGGUUAGUGGGCUACUUGCACCCUCUUCAACUUGCUGAUUUGGGGAUCUGCUAAUUUGCGGUGCUCUCAGUAGAAUGCUGGCAUUAUUUAAAUGGACUGUCUGAGUCUUUGUAAAUUAGCAUAUUGUUAGUAGAUCAUCUGCAGAACUUUUUACUCCCAUCAGAGCAUUUUUGUGAUUGCAACCUCACUUAAUUUGCUCCACUAAUGAAAUCUGGUCCUUAGUGUCCUACAACAUCUGCAGAGCUGCACACUACAGCUUCUGAUUAGUAAAGGUUUCAGUGAAAGAUCAAAGAUCUGUUUAACAUAUAUACUCAGUUCCACUUGCACUUGUUGAUUUCAGUUUGUGUGCCAGAGGCUGAAAAUAGUGUCACAGUCUACAGCGUGGAC